AUGUCCAGUGGAGAGAACUACACAGCAGAGAUAAUAGAACUUCGUAAUGAGAUCUAUCAGAUGCAAAAGGAUUUUUCAGAAAACGAUAAUGCGUUCUUCCUAUGCUCAAUGGCCUUAAUCAUUUUUUUGAUGCAAUGCGGUUUUGCUUUUCUUGAAGCAGGAGCAGUCCGCAGCAAGAACACUACAAAUAUUCUCAUUAAAAAUCUACUCGACUCAUGUAUUGCCAUCAUUGGUUAUUGGUCUCUUGGAUGGGCCUUUGCUUAUGGUGACUCAAGCAAUAAUGUUGUUGGGCUAUUUAUUGGCCAUACUCAGUUUUUCCUCGCUGGUUUGACCAACUAUCCAAAGUAA